UGGUUUGUGUUUGUUUGUACUUUUAUUCAUUCAUUCUUUGUGAAUGAGAAGAAAUACCAACAUUUGCCAACAUUAUUCGCCAGUUAAGACUACGAAUAAAUACGUAAUAAGCAGUGUGCAGUUUGUUUAACUUAAACUUUACCUUAAAAUGUAAAAAUCCAUUGGAAGUGCCAGUUCUUCCCAUGCCCAGCAUCAUGUUCUACCAAGUUAUUUGCGUACAAAUAUGUUUAAUGAGCUUUGCAGCAGCAGUAUGGGGGUCGGAUGAUGCUAAAGUAGAGAAGGUUAUGCCAGUGGACUGCAGUACACUGAGGUUAGGGCAGUUUAUUUGUCCGGAUCCUAGCAUCAAUCAGAUUGACCCUGAUACUCAGCAGUUUAGAGGAUGCAUGAAAGGAAAAGAUGUCCCUUCUGAAGGAGAGGCUGAAGUUCAAUGCAUUGCGGCUGAUGGCAUUAUUUGUACUGAAUCUAACAGUUCUACAUUCAAAAGAAAGAUGCCUUGUAAAUGGACAAAUGGUUACUCUUUGGAAAUAGCCCUUCUUCUGUCAGUGUUCCUGGGAAUGUUUGGGCUGGACCGCUUCUACCUCGGCUACCCGGGUAUCGGCUUGGCCAAGCUCUGCACCCUCGGCUUCAUGUUCAUUGGCCAACUCUUGGAUAUCAUCCUUAUUGCUGCUCAGGUUGUGGGCCCAUCAGAUGGAUCAGCAUUUGUUAUUCCGUACUACGGAGCAGGAGUAACUGUCAUACGGAGUGACAAUGAGACCUACCUGCUCCCCCAGCCGGACUGGCACAACAUCACGUGACAGUGGGGAACCAUCUCCUUUGAAGUGGAUGAAGACUAUGAGUGGACUUAAAAGUUUAUGAUAUAAAUAUUAUGGUCAAGGACCUGGCAAGUGCUGGCUUCUGUGCAAGUGUUGGUUUGUGUUUGUAAAGAUGUUAUGUAAUUCUGUUUUGGGUACUCAAUUUGAAUUCUGACUGGUCCAGUCAGUUUUCAGGAUGCCCUAUUCCUGUUUGUAAAGUAAAUGUAAGCAUAAAGUGUAGAUAUAUUAUAUUUCUCCACUUCUGUUUCUAUUUAUCUAUGAUAUGAUGUACAUAGUUAAGGUUUGUGUGAAUAAAUAUGAAAAUAUA